CCUCUCCCUCUAUAUAUAUAUAUAUAUAUAUAGUACAAUAAAAGUUGUUGUUUAUAUAUUAUAUUCUUUAUGUGCGAAUCUUUUUAGUAAGGUAAUUAUAAAAGGCUAAAUUACAGAAAACCAUCCUGUCAAAACCUGAUUUUUUACUUUCCCCCCUGUCAUUUAAAAAUCUACACUUUGCCCCCUUAUAAAAUGAAAAAUAUUCAUUUCAUCCCCUACCGUUAGUGAUCCGUUAGAGUUCCGUUUAUAAAAUAUUAUUAUAUAUUUUUUUAUGCCAAAAAUGCCCUCAGUCUUCUCUCCUGUUAUCAAAAAUGGUGAGGGCAAAAUCGUCAUUUUGUCAUCAUAGUUUACACCGUACCCCUUGUGAAUAUUUUUCAUUUUACAUGGAGGCAAAGUGUAGAUUUUGAAAUGACAUGAGGGGGAAAGUGAAAAAUCAGGUUUUGACAAGAAGGUUUUAUGUAAUUUAGCCUUAUAAAACUUCUUUAAAUAAUUGUGGCUACGAUGUUUACUCUAUAUAUUGCAUCUUCCUCUUUUACUUUCUUGGCAUUCGUUGUUUUUUUCUAUUCAUAUUAUUUGUCAAUUUAAAUCAUGUAUAUUAAAAUUAUUUUUAUGUAUAAUUUUCUAUAUUAAUUAUUAUAGUCAAUAUUGAUUUGCUGAUAUUUUAUUCUUUAUUAAUAUUUUAUUAUUUAUUAAUUUUAAUUUUAAUAGUAUUUAUCGGCCGCAAAGCGCUGAUUAGUUCACUAAUAUAUAUAAUUCAGUGAUAAAAAUAAUGUUCGUUAACACCAAUGAUGUAUUUGCGCUCCCAUUUUAUUGUGCUAUGCAUUGCAAGCACCAUUACGCCUUCUCGUCAUUGGUCCACGUCACUCUUGCACGGAUCGCAAAUAAACCCCAAUCCUAUCCGUCCAUCUACCGAACCCAUCCAACGGCUGAUAUCCAUCGAUCCACAUAUCGGAACGAUCGGAUCCAUCCCCUCCACUCGUCUCCGUAUAAAACCCCCCCAAUUUCCCGCUCACAUCUCCUUUCGAAUCGCACGUUCCCACCGCGCGCCCUCUCACUUCCUCCCCUUCCCUCUCCCCAUUAAACCCCCCCUCCCCCCUCUUCGAUCACCUCCUAUCCCCCUUCGUUCCGAUCCGAGCGAGGGAGAUCGCAACGAUCGCCAUGGCUGACGACGAUGAUGACGUCGCCGCCAAGGGAAAGAAGCGCUCGGGCGGCGGAAAGGCGAAGAAGCGCUCCGGCGGCGGAAAGGCGAAGAAGGGCUCCGCCGGCGCCGGCGGCGAUGGAGGCGGCGGGGGGGCCAGGAAGAAGUCGGUGUCGCGCUCCGUCAAGGCCGGGCUCCAGUUCCCCGUCGGCCGCAUCGGCCGCUACCUCAAGAACGGCCGCUACGCCCAGCGCGUCGGCUCCGGCGCCCCCGUCUACCUCGCUGCCGUCCUCGAAUACCUCGCUGCCGAGUUGCUGGAAUUGGCGGGGAAUGCGGCGAAGGACAACAAGAGGAACCGGAUCACACCUCGCCACGUGCUCCUCGCCAUUCGGAACGACGAGGAGUUCGCGAAGCUCCUCUCCGGCGUCACGAUCGCACACGGAGGCGUUCUCCCGAACCUCAACCCCGCUCUCCUCCCGAAGAAGAAGAAUGCUGCUGCCAAGGAAUCGAAUGCGCCGUCGGAGGUCCCAGUCGAGAAGUCGCCCAGCAAGGUGUAGAGGUGAGGGUUUCUCCUCCUCCUUCUUCUUCAAGUGUUUUGAUGUUGUUGUUUUGAGAUUGGGGAUGAUCCGUUUCUCGUACGUAGUGGAAGAGGGGAUGGGACGCGAUCUAAUAGGAACCUUUUCUCAUUCUUUUGCAUGAUAUAUUCUAUAUAGAUGAAGAAUUGUAUAGUUGUUAUAUACACUACCGUGACAACACAGUCCAUAGGUGACCUUGGGUGUUUGGGAAAAGGAAAAAAGAAAUUGAUGGGGAUGGUUGUUAAAA